GGCAAAACUGAAAUCACAUCAAAAAAGAAAGAAAGAAAAAAAUCUACCCAAAACGUGCUGAUUAAGACGGGAGUUUUCCUCUCAAACUGGCACUGCCAAAGUGAAGAUCGAUCAGAAGAGUAAACCAGAGAUCAGAGAAGAUAGAGCACAUACUCAAAAACAUAGUACUACGUAAAAGGAACAAAAAUGGAGUUAAGGAACAGAAUGUUUGCACGGUGGGGAUCUUCCUCAGGAGUUCUGUGCAUAAUCGCAGUGCCGUUGAUUUUGGUGUCAGCGUUUUAUGCCCUUCACAGUUCUAGCGGUUUUGAAUCAGUUUUUUCCUCUGAAACCCAUCCAUGGCUGCGGGGUUUUUCUAUGCCCUUUUAUCAACUACCCUCUUCUCAUCCGGAUGCAAUGAAAAAGUUAACCAAUUUAGAGAGAGUUGAAGCUGGUCUGGCACGAGUUAGAGCUGCAAUCAGACAAGCUCAAACUGAAAAUCGAAUUCUGGAAGACCCGGACUAUGUUCCUCAUGGUCCAAUUUAUCGGAAUCCCCACGCAUUUCACAGGAGCUACCUGGAAAUGGAAAAACGGUUCAAGAUAUUCAUAUAUGAAGAAGGUGAACCGCCGGUGUUUCAUUACAGUUUCAGUCAGGGAAUUCUGGGCAUUGAAGGAAUCCUCAUUCAUCAGCUUGAGAUCAGCAAAUUUCGUACCAAAAACCCAGAAAAAGCUCAUGUCUUUUUCCUCCCCUUCAGUUCCUAUUCACUCGUUCACUUUGUCUUCGUACGUGACGCCCAUGAAUGGCCGCCUAUACAAAAAACCGCUAGAGACUACAUAAAUGGCAUCUCUACAAAGUACCCAUACUGGAACCGAAGCCUCGGCUAUGAUCAUUUCAUGCUCGCUUGUCACGAUUGGGCGCCGACAAUUUCCCACGGCACUCCGAAACUAUUCAAGAACUCGAUCAGGGUGAUGUGUAACGCGAAUACAUCGGAAGGGUUCAAGCCUGCAAUAGACGUGUCGUUGCCGGAGAUCUAUCUUCCUCAAGGAAACAUGGACGGGUUGAUCGGAGGGCCGCCACCGUCGAACCGUUCCGUGCUGGUGUUUUACGCCGGAGGGAUUCACGGCUACAUCCGACAAGUGAUGAUGGAGACGUGGGAAAACAAGGAUCCGGAAGUGGAGAUUCACGAGUAUCUUCCGAAGAACGUGUCGUAUUAUGGGAUGGUCCGAAAGAGCAAAUACUGCAUCUGUCCCAGUGGGUACGAGGUUGCUAGUCCGAGGAUGGUGGAGGCGAUGUACAUGGGAUGCGUUCCCGUGCUGAUAAAGGACCAUUACGCGAAGCCGUUCGCGGAUGUCUUGGACUGGGACACGUUUGCGGUGGAUAUUCCGGUGAAGGAGAUUCCGAAUCUUAAGAAGAUUCUGUUGAGUAUACCUCAGGAGAAAUAUUUGAGCAUGCAGGAGAAGGGGAUUCAAGUUAGGAGACAUUUUGAAGUGAACUUUCCUCCGAAACGGUACGAUGUAUUUCACAUGGUUCUUCAUUCGAUUUGGCUUAGAAGACUCAACAUUGAAGUUCACGACAUCCAAGAAACAUCAUGACAUUCGAAGUUAAUUAAUCCAAUUGAAUUUGAGUUGAAUCCUAUUUGAAUAAUUAAAGUAAUUCUCGCAAGAGUGUUGCUGCAAUGAUGUAAUAUGUUAUGUAAUCAUUUUGAAUUUGUUUAUAUGUGAUUGUUGGUUGUCUAAGUAUUGUUAUGUAAUAAUCAUUCUUGCAUUGGUUUUUUUCUUGAUAA